GGACCCCUUGGACUACCUCAUCUAAUACCACUCAGGGGGCUGAUAAGUACGCGCGUAAGAGUCGGUUGGAUCGGAGCAGAACUAUCCCCUCACCGGCCCUUGAGAUUCCGGAACUCGAGAGGAGGGGCGGAGGCGAUGGGGAAGCGGCGGCGGAUGUACUGGCUGCUGAAGACGGAGCCGGAGGAGUGGUCGUGGGAGGACCAGCGGUCCAACGGCGGCGUUUCGACCUGGGACGGCGUCCGAAACCGACAGGCUGUCAACCACAUGAAGGCCAUGCGGGCGGGCGACCGCUGCUUCUUCUACCACUCCGGCGCCGCCGCCCGCCGCGUCGUGGGCGUCGUCGAGGUCGUCAAACCCUGGUACACUAUCGCCGCCGGAGGUGAAGACGGCGCGGUGGACGUUCGGUCUAUGGGGGAGAUGCGGAAGCCCGUCGAACUACGGGAGAUCAAGGCGGAGGCGGAGGCUAAGGCCAUGAAGGGGUUCGCGCUUCUGAAGCAGCCGCGACUGUCGGUGGUGCCCGUGCCCGAGGGCAUCUGGGAGAGAAUCUGCGAGAUGGGCGGUGGAUACGGAGAUGCAGCGGCAGAGGAAGAGGAGGAGGAAGCGCAGCCGUCGUCGCCGGAGGAGGAGGAGCAAGACGAGUGAGGGAAGGCGGCGAGGGUUCUGGUCUUUUUGGGAACCGGAGGAUUGUUGUGGCCUCUGGGAUGACAAUUUUUGGGCCUCCUCUUGAGAGCAGCAAGCAAUGGCAGUGAAGGAGGGUGAUGGCAGCGCCAGUUAUUAGAGCAGCAAGCAAUGAACUACAUGCAUGACAUCUUUUUGGGAGCAAAGUUGGUUAAUGUGGUUCUUUUGCAUGUUCUGUAGUUCAUUGGUAUUUUGAAGUCUGUACGUUGCCUCUAUUUCCACUGAGAUAUAUCUUUAUCCUUAUGCUAUGUAGAUGAAAGUAAAUGGUAAGGGUCUAUUUACCACUAACAUUCCCAUAAAUAUGAAGGGAUUAGACCUUACAAUCAUAUCAUAAUUAAAUGAUGAAAACCAUAUGUAGGAUGGAUAAAAUACAUCUUAAGGGAUGAAGAUGACGAUUAUAUGAUUACGGGUACAAGUAUGAAAACCAUAUGUAGGAUGGAUAAAAUACAUCUUAAGGGAUGAGGAUGAUGAUUGUCUGGUUACAGGGUACAAGUUCAUUAAGAACAUAUCAAUUUUAUAGUGUGAUACAUUAGCAAUCAAGGAGGGACGUAGAAAUGCGAGGAACAAUACAUGAACAUGUAAUAUACAGUUUCAGUGUCUCAAUUUUAUGCAUUAGAUCAUCGUAUUAGGCCCCAUCAACCAAUAAGAAAUUAUUCAUUUUACAUUAAUCAUAUUAAUCCUAGGAUCUUAAUGCCUACAAAUCCUUUUAUCAAUUAAAAUAUAAAAAUUAUCAUUGUAUCUCAAAUUUUAUAAAAAUUCUAGAUUUCAUAAAAAUUGUAUUAAUUAAAACAUAGCCUGAAUCCUUUUCAAUAGGAGAGGAGGAAAGAUGUCAUAUAUGGUAUAGAUCCUAAUUUUAAUUUCGUAAAUAGUAUUUAAUUAACAUACUGUUCCAUUAUUGCUUUUUAAAAUAAGGAAUAAUCUUGACGUCUGAAAAUUUUUAUUUCCAUUCUAUAGAACACUCAUUAGAAAACAAAUUAUGCUGGGAUAUGACAUAUUAGUAAUUAAGGGAUAAUUUAUUUAGGAAAUAAUAAAGAAAUAUGCUGAUUAUAACAUAUAAGCCGGACCGCCUCCAUCUUGUAUAAAUGGAUAUGAAACCAAGCCUUGCAGGUCUCAGCCUAAAGCAUCACAGUUUCUCAUAGCCCACAGCAUCAUGGGCAAGAGCAGAUUGGGUUUAAAGAGCAAUGCUUUGAAAAGACAGAAGGACUUCUUCAACAAAGAUCAAUCCAGGCUUGAACGUAAUGAGCUCACAUAUAGCGAAGAGUUCGGUGGUGCUUCCUCAACAGCUCCGUCUGGUUACGUUGCUGAUCACAAUUCCUUGACCAAUUUGUUACAAUGUGAGAAUUACUUAGAAGAUUUAUGCCAUAAGAGGAAAUCUAUAAGAGAGGAAGCUUUGCAAAAGCUUAUUGUGGAGUUUGAAAAGCAAGUGCUGAAUGAGUUUGUUCAAAGCAGAUAUAUAACGUUAACAUAUCGAUGUUUAAAAUUAAUGACAAAGGGUCCCACAACUGAAGCUUAUUUAGCUUGUCGUGUCAUUGGAUUACUGGCUCUCACUGUUGACAAUGGCAAUGCUGCACAUGAGAUAAUGAAAGAAUCAGUUCCACAACUUUGUGAAGCUUUCAAAUCUGGCUCCAAUGCAUUCAAAAUACUGGUGUUACAAUGUCUGGCUAUUGUCACCUUUGUUGGUGCAAGUAGUCCAGAUGAGGUGCAGCUUUCAAUGAAAUAUAUAUGGGAGACAUGCCAUUCAGCAGAUUCUACCAACACUGUGUUAGCUGCAGCAUUAUCUGCAUGGUCAUUUCUCCUUUCAGCCAUUGAUGGGUGGAGGAUACAUUCGGAGUAUUGGAAGGGGUCUAUUUUGUUCCUUUCGACUUUAUUGGAAAAAGAUCAGCAUUCUCUUUGUGUGGCUGUUGCUGAAGCUGUGGCCCUUAUUUCUGAAAUAGAUAGAAUAAAUAAUUUUUCUGAAGAAGCAUGCGCUACUUCUGUUGAAUCACUAAAAUGCGAGUUAUGUGCGGAAGUCAAGAAGCUUUAUGAGGAGUGUCAGGAUAGAAUCCAUGAUAAAGAAUUCUUGCAAAACAUCCUGCAGUAUUUUGAGACUGGUGUGUUUGAUGAAGUUAUAAUGAAGACUUCUAGCCAAGAUGUGAUUUUAAAGGUGUCAAAGUGGAGUCAAAUGAUACAGGUGAGGCACAUUAAGCACUUCCUUCAAAGUGGCUUUUCAAAGCACAUGAAGGACAAUGAGCGACUUCAUGAUAUAUUUAAGUUCAUAGAAGUAAUUCAAGGAAAUCGUCCAGUUGAAAAGAUAUUUGUGCUAACAUCUGCUGAUCCAAAGGAAAGGACCAUUCUGAGAAAUAGACAACGAGCGUUGUCUCAGAUGAAGCAUUUCUCGGAUUAAUGCCUAUGAAGAAUAUAUCUACAAUAUGGAUUGAAUUGAUGAUGCAUGAAUCUUGCCACAUAAUCAACCAACUCAAGAAGAGCACAGAGAAGUUCUCUCUUGUUUCAUAGCAACAUUAACAGAUUAAUAGAAUUUGACAAUUUAUUAUGUUUCCAUUACCUUGUAAUUGAUAAUUUCUGGUGCAUGGAAGACAAUCUAAGUUAAUUUGCUUGAUUAGAAAGUAACACUGAAAUUAGUAUGAUCUUUUUCUCA